AGCAUUUGUGGUGUCCCAGUUCCUUUAUUGUUCCUGUUGUUGAUUGGCUAAAGAGACUCCAUGACCAUGUUGACCAGUCUUCUGCUUCUCAGUGCUGCCUUUGCUCUGGGAGAUGCAAAUUCAUUGCUAGAAGAAGACUUGUGUCCUUCCGGUUGGACCAAAUAUGGAUCACGCUGUUUAAUGUUUGUAAAGACUACAAGGAGCUGGCCUGAAGCAGAGCGGUACUGUGUGUCCCUUGGUGAUCAACCGGUGUCUGUACCCAACGUUGUGAAGUACCUUGGCGCAAACCUGGCAUCUGUGCACAGCUCCGAGGAGGACCAGUUUCUACAGGCGUUGGUCUUGGUCAAGACUGUUGGUUUCCCUCCUACCUGGAUUGGUGGAUUUUAUUCUGUUAAGGACAGGUGGUGGUUCUGGAGUGAUGGCUCAGACUUUGAUCACCAGAACUGGGCUAAAGGAAGGCCUGGUGCUGGUGCCAGAGAGUCUUGUGUUCAUAUCAACUUGAGACAAAACAACAUGAACAACAUCCAGAACCAGCUGCAAAGAAAUAAGAUUUAAGCCCCAACAUUGCUCAGGGGUGUAUUGUCCAUUGUCGUCACAAGUGGGGAUGAAGCCUCCAAUUGGUCCAUGUGUCGCGGCAUCUCUAGCAAGCUCACAUGGGGUCUUGAGGUCGAAGAU